UCUCAGCAAAAUAGUGGGUGCCGUAAACAGGGACUUGCUCACGUUUAUUUUACCCAACCUCUGAAAUUCACUAAACAACCGAUGAGAUGAGAGCCACUCAGUGAGUUUGUGAGUCGACCCAAUGGCGGUGCCGGUCUACAACCUCGCUCCGAAUCUGAUGGUUUCAAGGCUGUGCUUGGGAACCAUGACUUUCGGCGAGCAGAACACGCUGCCGGAGUCCUUUCGCCUCCUCGACCAAGCUUUCAACGCUGGAAUCAACUUGUUCGACUCUGCGGAGAUGUACCCGGUGGUUCAGCGAGCCCAGACUCAGGGCAGGAGCGAGGAGUAUCUCGGCCGUUGGAUUAGAGAGCGCAACAUUCCUCGAGACAGCGUCGUUUUGGCCACCAAGGUGACCGGACCAUCUGGGCAGAUGACUUGGAUAAGAGAUGGCCCCAAGUGUUUGGAUGCUGCGAAUAUCACUGAGGCCCUUGACAGCAGUCUACGGCGAUUGCAGACGGAUUACAUUGAUCUUUAUCAGAUACACUGGCCUGAUCGAUAUGUUCCGAUGUUUGGAGAAACUGAAUAUGAUCCAACCAGGCAAUUUGGUUCGAUUCCUAUAGAGGAACAACUUGACGCUCUUGGGAGAGCUGUUGAUUCUGGUAAGGUCAGAUAUGUUGGUCUCAGUAAUGAAACGGCAUAUGGUGUGAUGAAGUUUCUUCAGGUGGCUGAAAGAGGCACUCACCUUCCAAAGAUUGUAUCUGUGCAGAACUCAUACAGCUUGCUAUGUCGAACUUUUGAUUCUGGAUUGGCUGAAUGCUGUCAUCAUGAGAGGGUCAGUUUAUUAGCUUACAGCCCUCUUGCAAUGGGUAUACUCUCUGGGAAGUAUUUUUCACCGGAAGGCGGUCCUUCAGAUGCUCGGUUGAACAUUUUCAGAGGAAAGUAUUCAGAAGGGGAGUCCAGAUACAACUUGUCUAAUCCCUCCAUAAGGGCAGCAAGCAUGGUACAUGGAAUACAUUCAUAUUGCAGAAAAGUACGGCCUUCAUCCAGUAUCUCUUGCAAUUGCCUUUGUUUUGAGUCACCCUCUCGUAGCGAGUAUCGUCUUUGGAGCAACCCAGUCAUGGCAACUUCAGGAAGUUCUUGAUGCAUGCGAGGUGGAGCUCACAUCCGAAGUAAUGGUAGAAAUCAACAAGGUUCACAAAAGAUUUCCUAACCCUUGUCCCUGAUCAAACCUCAUGCCAUUCAACUUCUUCCUUGUCCAAAAUUUUGUCACGACAGCUGAAAGAGAUCCAGAUGACAUCUCUGGUCAAUACCGAAUUAUGAUAUUGGUAUGGUAAUCUUGUAGAAUCUAUCAGCCUUCUGCAAUACAAUCCUUUCUGAAAAGCUUCCGGUGGGUCUGCGAGACAAGCAUGUGCAAUGGUGGAGGUGGAAGAACAGUGAAAACAUGGGAUGUCGGGUACAAUUUUAGCAGAAGCAUGUAUUGAUAUGCUGUUAUCUCCACCAUAUGCUUUACCCUUUCAGUCUUUUUCUAGUGGCAAUAAAGGGAUCCUUGAAUUAUUGGUUUA